AUGGGCACAUCUGAGCAGCCAUGCACGAGCACGCCCAACUUGUUCACCGCCUCCUCCUAUGGCACCUCCCAGCAGAUUCAUCAUCUGCUGCCACAGCACGACUCCGUGAUCUGCACCGAGCCAGGACUGGGCUUCCCCUACUACUGUGGCACUGAUCAGCAGGACGCAGCGUUCGACGGCGACGAGGUAGAGCUCGGCUUCCAGGUUUCCAAUAAGGCCACCAGGGUCGACUACUACAGCUCGCCUUACCAACCGUCGUGGCCACUGGCUCGCGCCGCGGCCGCCGAAUCGUCGCGCGUCAGGAAGCAGAGGUUCCGGGACGUUCUUGAGAGCUGCAAGCAGAAGGUCGAGGCCAUGGAGGCGAUGGAGUCCCCGGUGGCGUUCCAGGAAGGUGAGGACGGGAUUGCCGUGGGGGAUGGUUGCGGUGCCGGCGCCGCCGCUGGCGGCGGCGGCGGCUGCGGCGGAGGGAGUGGAGGCGGCGCGGACGGGAUGCGGCUCGUGCAGCUGCUGGUGGCGUGCGCCGAGGCCGUGGCGUGCCGCGACCGCGCGCAGGCAGCGGCGCUGCUGCGGGAGCUCCAGGCCGGCGCGCCCGUGCACGGGACGGCGUUCCAGCGCGUCGCGUCGUGCUUCGUGCAGGGCCUGGCGGACCGGCUGGCGCUGGCCCACCCGCCGGCGCUGGGCCCGGCCAGCAUGGCGUUCUGCAUCCCGCCGUCGUGCACGGGGCGCGACGGCGCGCGCGGCGAGGCGCUCGCGCUGGCGUACGAGCUGUGCCCGUACCUGCGGUUCGCGCACUUCGUGGCCAACGCCUCCAUCCUGGAAGCCUUCGAGGGAGAGAGUAACGUCCACGUGGUGGACCUGGGCAUGACGCUGGGCCUGGACCGCACCCACCAGUGGCGCGGCCUCCUCGACGGCCUCGCCGCCCGCGCGGGCGCCAAGCCGGCGCGCGUGCGCGUCACCGGCGUCGGCGCCCCCGCGGAGACCAUGAGAGCCAUCGGCCGCGAGCUCGAGGCGUACGCGGAGGGGCUCGGGAUGUGCCUCGAGUUCAGGGCCGUCGACAGCAGCCUCGAGAGCCUGCACAUCGACGACCUCGGGAUCGCCGCCGACGAGGCCGUGGCCAUCAGCAGCAUCCUGGAGCUGCACUGCGUGGUGAAGGAGAGCCGCGGGGCGCUCAACUCGGUGCUCCAGACCAUCCGCAAGCUGUCGCCCAAGGCGUUCGUCCUCGUGGAGCAGGACGCCGGCCACAACGGGCCCUUCUUCCUGGGCCGGUUCAUGGAGGCGCUCCACUACUACGCCGCCGUGUUCGACGCGCUGGACGCGGCGCUCCCGCGCUACGACGCGCGGCGCGCGCGCGUGGAGCAGUUCCACUUCGGCGCGGAGAUCCGCAACGUGGUUGGCUGCGAGGGCGCGGCGCGCGUGGAGCGGCACGAGCGCGCUGACCAGUGGCGGCGCCGCAUGAGCCGCGCCGGGUUCCAGUCCAUGCCGAUCAGGAUGGCGGCCAGGGCGCGGGAGUGGCUGGAGGAGAACGCCGGCGGCGGCGGGUACACGGUGGCCGAGGAGAAGGGAUGCCUCGUCCUCGGCUGGAAGGGCAAGCCCGUCAUUGCCGCCUCCUGCUGGAAGUCCUAG